AUGGCAACCCACCCACACAAAUCUCCCAUGAAAAAUUUACAGUGCAAGGUACAACCUGCGAAGGGGAAGAUGGAGCCGAAGCCCAAGAGGAAGAAGUCCAGGGCGGCGACGCCAGCAGAGGUGGAGGAAUUCACGGCGCUCGAGCUGGAAGCGGCCGAGCAGCUCAUUCGCCUUAGCGAGAGUAACGUGCCCAUGGGCACCCCACGCGUCCUCCCCGUCUCCCCCUGCAUGGCGCUCUCAGGUCAGUCCUCCUCUCCUCCGCACUCUGCGAAGGCCACGCCAGUGCCGCCAUGUCCUGGCGCAAUAAUUCUUGGCGAUUCCGAGGAUUGGGAGGAAGAUGAGGAGCACGAGGUGGCCGGGAGGCAGCGGAGGGUGAAGCGCUACCGCCUGAUCAACGAGAUCUACGCUGCGACGGAGCCAAUUGGCGGGCACAUCGAUAGCACCCAGAAGAAGAAGACGAAGAGGGAAUAG